ACCUAUGCCGAUGAAAGCAAAUCGUGCAAUGUUUUGUAGAAUAUUUAACAUAGGACGAAAAUUUUACUCUGGAAUUGCUUUGUCUAAAUCAAAUAUCAUGAAUACAGAACAGUGUUACUUUAGAUAUAAUAAAAGCGAAGACAAAAUUGAUUUAACUUUUCUAUUAAAAGUUAAGGAAUCCGUGAGACAGUUCAAUUUAAGCCGAAAACCAUCAGAAAGCGUCGAAAAUUUACUAACUCGCAUAGGAGCAAACGUUCAUAAAGUUGUAAGAAAAGGAAACAAAAAGAAAAGUACUAGUGAAACUGAAGAAAUAAAAGUGAAAGUGUUUGAUGGUGACAAGUGUUUACCUGAAAGUUUAACUUGCCUAGAAUUAUUUUCCUUGCCAGGGCCAGUGAAGUUUCAGAUACAAGAUCAUAUUUAUGAGGCUGUGUUCAAUGUGCCAUGGAUAGAAAGCUUGAGUUUGCCUCAAAGCAUACUAUCAGGGUUUGGAGUUUACCCAGAACACUUUUCUUUUCAAAACACUGAUGUAAAGCAGUGUGUUUAUAACUGGUACACUUGUAAAGCUGUUAAUGACAAGGGAAAUACUAUAAGCGAGUUCCACUUGCAAUGGGAGUUAGUAGGAACUGGUUAUUGUUACAUACCUACAGUUCAAGACAUUGGAAAAAAACUAAAACUAGAAUGUAUUCCCAAAAAUGGCACAAUCAUAGGACCAGCUGUAGAUGCUAUUUCCAAAAAUAAUAUUGAAGCUGGACCUGGUAGAUGCCCAUUUGAAACAAGGCAUAUGUUUACUAGAAAUCUUCUAUCAGACAAGAGCUUCCGUUGUGUCAGUUACAACAUACUAGCAGACUUGUAUUGUGACUCGGAAUUUACUAGAACUGUGCUCCACCCUUAUUGCCCACCAUAUGCUCUGCAUAUAGAUUACAGAAAACAACUUAUAAUAAAGGAGUUAUUAGGUUACAAUGCAGACAUUAUAUGCCUUCAAGAGGUGGACCAGAAAAUAUUUAAAACCGUUUUAGAUCCACUGUUAGGAAAUAAUGGAUUUAAAGGUUUAUUUUAUAAAAAGGGAAAAGAAGUUGCUGAAGGGUUGGCUUGCUUUUACAGAGAUGGAAGAUAUGAGUUUUUGAGUGAGGAGCAUAUAGUACUUUCAGAGGCGCUCAAGUCAAACACAGAUUUGAAACCUAUCUGGGAUGCUGUAAAACAAAACAGUAGGCUUGCAGAAAGAGUCUUAGAUAGAUCUACUGUGGCUAGUGUAACAAUCUUAAGAUCACUUGAGAACCCUAAAGAAAUACUGCUAGUUGGCAACACUCAUUUAUACUUUCACCCUGAUGCAGACCAUAUAAGACUUUUACAAGGAGGGAUGGUUAUUUAUUGGUUAAAACAAAUAAAGAAAAGGAUGCAUGAUAAGUUUUCAGAUCACAGGAUGUCUUUAAUAUUGUGUGGGGACUUUAACAGUGUACCAUCAAAUGGUAUUUACCAGUUGUAUACUACCGGAAGUGCGCCUAGUUCCCUUCCUGAUUGGAACUCAAAGCCAGAUGAAGCUGUUCUUGAUCUAAAUCUCCAACAAGACAUUCUUCUGGGAAGUGCCUGUGGCACACCUCAAUAUACAAAUUUCACAGCUGGUUUUGCGGAUUGCUUAGACUACAUUUAUUAUGAGAAAGCAAAUAUAGAAGUUGAACAGGUUGUUCCAUUCCCCAGCGUGGAGGAACUACAAGCCCAUACUGCUUUACCAAGCAUAGUAUUUCCAUCAGAUCACAUUGCUUUGAUUUCUGAUCUACGAUUUAUCUCGUAACAAUGUAAGAUAAUUUA